AUCUGCGAAAAAAAUCCCUUUCUAAUUUCUAGGGUUUUAUCACUCUCUAAAUCUCCUUUCUCUACCCUCCCUUCCCUUCGAGUUCCCAGUUCCCAGCCGUCACAAACCACAGUAAUUCUCUCCUUCUACCGCCGUCUCGCCGCGCCUAGGACCCUGGUUGAUCACCGUCUCUCCUGACCGAGUCUAGGACCUGGGUCCUGGCUUUCAGGUUUUCAGUAGUCUCUCGCAUCUCGCUCGGACGCUCGGCAUCGCAUUCUUCUGCCACGCCAGGCUCAGACGUAUCUCUAGCUUUGGUCUGGUAGUCUCGCUCGGGCGCUUGGUCUCGCCAUUCCCUUCAGUUCGAGGAAGCUACUGUUUUUUGGUGGUUUAAUUUUAUACUCAAUAAGAACAUACGUCUAUGAUAGACUGAUAGUAUUAAUUUACAAUUGGUGAAAGGAGAUACAUAUGGCUGGUGAUGGCUCUCAUCAUGGAACUUAUGAAGGUGGUUCUAAUAGACAUUCUCAAGAAAAGCCCGAGGAUGGUGGUCGCUGGUACUUUUCCCGGAAGGAAAUUGAAGAAAAUUCCCCAUCUAGGGGUGAUGGAGUUGAUUUGAAGAAGGAGACUUAUCUGCGCAAGUCAUACUGUACAUUUCUCCAAGAUUUAGGGAUGAGACUUAAAGUACCUCAAGUAACAAUUGCAACAGCCAUAAUUUUCUGCCAUCGAUUCUUCCUUCGUCAAUCUCAUGCAAAGAAUGAUAGGAGGACCAUUGCAACAGUGUGUAUGUUCCUCGCUGGAAAGGUAGAAGAGACACCUCGCCCCCUUAAAGAUGUUAUUCUUGUUUCAUACGAGAUCAUUAAUAAAAAGGAUCCCACAGCAGCACAAAGGAUUAAACAAAAGGAAGUAUAUGAACAACAAAAAGAAUUAAUUUUACUUGGAGAGAGAGUUGUCCUUGCUACUCUUGGUUUUGAUCUCAAUGUGCAGCAUCCAUACAAGCCCCUAGUUGAGGCAAUAAAGAAGUUCAAAGUAGCUCAAAAUGCCCUUGCUCAAGUUGCAUGGAAUUUUGUCAAUGAUGGACUUCGGACAUCUCUGUGCUUGCAAUUUAAACCACAUCACAUUGCUGCGGGUGCAAUUUUUCUUGCUGCCAAGUUCCUGAAAGUAAAGCUCCCAUCAGAUGGUGAGAAGGUUUGGUGGCAGGAGUUUGAUGUCACCCCACGCCAAUUGGAAGAAGUUAGCAAUCAAAUGUUGGAACUAUAUGAACAAAAUCGUGUGCCACCUUCUAGUGACGUUGAAGGAAGUGCUGCAAGUGGUGUUACUCAUAGGGCCCCUGUCAAAGCUACAACGAGCAAUGAAGAGCAUUUGACUAACAACAAUCAUUCUCAUGCUGGAAGUACGAGACCUGGUGUCUUGAAGUCUGGGUUAUCUAGGCCAGCAUCCGAGUUGUCUCAGGCUGACAAUCAUGGUGGACCCCCUAGAACGACUGAGAGUCGGAGUAAUGACUAUGGUAACACAGAAAUGAAGAGUGGUUUGGAUCACAAAGUUGACAGUGAAUUCAGAGAUAAUCAUCAUUCUGAAUCUAAGCAUUUGCCACACCAGGAGAAGGUGGGUGAAGGUCAAACUAUAUCAAGGCUUGGGGCAGAAGGAGCUGGUGAAGAAGACCAACAAAAUAAUGUUGGAAGAAGUGAAACAAGAGAAGCUAGAGAAUUGAAGGACAAGCAUCAUGGCAGAAAUCCAGAAAAUAGACAAAGCACACUUGGCCGGUCACCGCAAGAAGCCUUAAAGAUUGACAAAGAUAAAGUAAAGGCAGCACUGGAAAAACGGAGGAAGUCAGUUGGUGAUGUAACUCGAAAAACAGAUGUGAUGGAUGAUGAUGAUCUCAUUGAGAGGGAAUUGGAAGAUGGCAUUGAACUGGCUUCUGGAAAUGACAAAAGUAAGCAAGAACGGAGACAAAGUUGGUCUAAGCCCUCAAAUAGGCCAGAACACGAGGACUCGCAUCAGGUAAAAUAUCAAGAGUUUGUGAAAGAUGAGCAUCAUCAGAAAAAGGGGCAGACAUCAGCUCCGGAUAUGAACAACGUGGAAGAAGGCGAGCUAUCAGUACUGGACGAAUCUGGUUAUCAGUCGCCUAAGUCUGGCAGCCGCAAGAGAAAAGCAGGAAGCCCACCAACAAAUGUAAUGGAGGGGAAGCAGCGGCAUGAUUUUGAGCCUGGGGUAAACCAUGAUCGGUUUACUUGAAAUGUAUAAAAUGGGUAUUAUCUUUUUUCCCUACCCUUUGUUAAAACGUACGACGAUGAAUUUUUGAGAGCAGCCAGUAAUUCGACCAUUGGACAAUUCCAUUCACUUUUAUGUGAUUUAUUUGCUGUCCCCCCGACCUUUUUUAAUUUAUUAAUUAUAAAAAAUGUCAUAGGAAUAUUGUUACAUACUUUUGAGAACGUGAUAGCAUAUUCAACUGA